UUUCUCUGCGCUGGCCUCAUUGUUCUACUCACACCACCCACACUUGCAAUAAUGACAGACCAUGGCAUCGAAAGUACUGAACGUACUCCUCUACUGUCCAGUCUAGACGCAGUCCUACCUCAAGGCAGCACAAUCGUGCCCUCGGAGGAUGACUCAACCUCAGCAUCGGAUGAUCGACCGAGCACGGCACAAUCGAAGCGUUCGCACGACGAAGAGACAGGACCGCAGUCAACAUCUCCCACCCGUCCUUCAUCGGCUUCAAUUCUUCGUAUUGUACUGGUGCUUUUGAUCGGCGUCUUUAUCUCGAACGCCGAUGGCUCGCUCCUCAUGGCGACGCAUCCUAUAAUUGCUUCAGAGUUCUAUGCUUUGCAUGAUUCCACUUGGCUCUUGACUAGCUUUGGCCUCGCAGCUGCGGCUGUGCAGCCUCUUUAUGGAAAAUUGAGUGACAUAUACGGUCGCAAGUCGCUUCUGCUGUUGGCGUACACGCUAUUUGGGCUGGGAUGCGCGUUAGUGGGCGCUGGAAAUUCGAUGUCGCACCUUAUCGUCGGGCGAGUGAUCUCCGGUCUAGGAGCUUGCGGCAUGACUACACUGGUUUCCAUACUUCUCACAGAUCUGGUACCCCUUCGCGAAGUAGCCUCCUGGCGCUCGUACGUCAACGUCGCUGCUACAACAGGUCGCAGCAUCGGAGGUCCGCUAGGGGGCUGGCUUGCCGAUACUGUUGGAUGGCGAUGGUCCUUCCUCGGCCAAGCUCCCCUUGCCGGCAUUGCUUUGAUACUCAUCUCGAUUACCCUGCCAUCGCGCGUCCGAUCCGACCAAGAUAAUAAGCGCAAAGGCAGCAAGCUGGCGCGGGUCGACUUCCUCGGCGGAUUCUUCAUGACUCUGUGUAUUCUAGGAUUCCUGUUUCCGCUGGAAAUCGGAGGCGACCGAAUACCCUGGAACCAUCCUCUUAUCUUUGGCUUGUUCGGCGGAGCUUGCGCGUUUGGUUUGCUGUUUCUGGCGACGGAAGCAUCGUUCGCAAAGGAGCCGAUCAUACCGAUCGUUGUCUUGUGGAAUCGCGAGGUCGUGGCAUCGUCUUUCGUUAUGAUCUGCUCGGCUGGAGCUCAGGUUGGGUUGAUGAUCGCGAUUCCGCUCUACUUCAAAGUCACAGCGAAAGCUUCCAACACAAUAGCUGGCGCCCACCUCUUUCCUGCCGUAGCUGGUAACGCCAUAGGUGGCGUUCUGUCCGGAGUGAUUAUCAAGCGUACCGGGGCCUACAAGUCUCCCACUCUUUUCGCUAUAGCCUUCGCCUCAGUCGGCUAUCUCCUUCUUAUCCUCCGCUGGCACGGCGACACCAACUGGCUCGAAUCUCUGUACAUAGUACCCGGCGGCUUCGCGAUGGGUGUCCUGGGUUCCACACUUUUUAUCGGCGUGCAAGCAGCUAUUGAUCCUGCUCAUGCUGCGGUUGCUGCGUCCACGAUCUACCUAGCAAGCAGUGUGGGAAUGCUUGCUGGUAUGGCGGGUACGAGUGCUGUAUUGCAGGGUGCGCUGAGGCGAGGGCUUGACAGACGACUUGAUGAUAUGGGUUUUGGCGAGCACAGGAAGUGGAAGAUCAUUGAGCAUGCGGUCUCGGAUGUGUCUUAUGCUGAUCACGCGAAACCUACCGUGGCAAAAGUCAUUGUUGGAUCAUAUGCGGAAGCACUGACUUGGACACAUGUUCUCUCGUUGUCAUUCUCGCUCACAGCUUUCUUCGGAAGCUUGUUUCUUCGACAGCAUAAAUUGUAGGAGCCAAAACGGCGUCGAUAGAUAUGUAGAACCCACGAGAUCGUGGGUGAGGUCUCGGAAAAAGCUUGCGACAGAGUCCUUCUUAGAUCUUGGAUCACUGUAACGGGAAGUUCGGCCAUCUUAGAAGAAGUACGGCGAAGGGCGGUGAUUGAAUGGCGUCGAUGGUGCGCUUCUUCCU